CAGGGACGCGCAGGGCCAGCGAGGGGAGCUGCAGGGUAACUUUUCCCAGGGAAAGCGCCCGGUCGUCCCCGCUAGCAGCCUCCCUGCCUUUUGUUUGUUUUUCUGCCGGAGGCUGGAGAGCGGCCGGGUUCCUGCUGCUCCACCAUGCGCCGCGCGGCCCGUGCGACCCUCCGGAGCGCCCGGGCGUCCCCGCACGGACCGCGCGGCCGGUCCUAGCGGCGGUCGCCCCCCUCCCCGGGUGCCCUGCGGGCCGCUGCGCCCCCGCCGCCCAGGAGCCGCGCUCACCGCAGGGGCGGGCCCCCGCCUGCGUCCGCGGCGCGGGCAGAAGACUGAUCUUUGAAAAUAUGUAUUUGGGAGAUAGUCACGUUCUAUUGAAUACCUUGUGCUGGUGCUGCCAUCGAAAAAUCUGGUUACACUCUGGGGAGGCCUGCUGCUUCUGCAGGACUGCACCGCCUCGGCCCUGA